AUUUACAAAAGCACGCCUUCGGCUCGGCGACACAUAAAGAUUUGUGGGAUGCGCUGGACGCAGCUAUGGGAGGCGGUCGUCAGGUGUCAAUCAAAGACAUGAUGAGCACGUGGAUCCUGCAGAUGAACUACCCCGUAGUAACGGUUACUAGGAAACCAAACAACGCCUUCAGUAUCAGUCAGAACCGCUUUCUGCUGAGCCCCGACGCCCCCGAAAGCCAGAAAUACUCUUCACCUUUUGGAUACAAGUGGGACAUUCCAUUUACUUACACCACGAGUUUAGAGCACGACUUCGACACAAACAGGCGCCACCUGAUGGGAAGAAACGCAGGGGAAGAGGAAAUAACGAACAAUGCCGUGAUCCCGGAGUGGAACAACAACAACUGGGUGAUCGGGAAUGUCCGGGAGGCCGGAUUUUACCGAGUGAACUACGACACGGAAAACUGGAAUGCUCUGAUUGCCCAGCUGAAGAACAACCACACGGUAUUACCAGCUGAAAAUCGUGCCCAGAUAAUCAACGAUGCGUGGAAUUUGGCCAAGGCUGACUUGACUGAACCACGUGUCGCCUUGGAGACGGUAGAUUACCUGAUGGACGAGGAGGGUUACGUCCCCUGGCGAGCGGCGACGAUAGAGCUUGGUUACGUGGACUCCCAGCUGGAGCGCACCGGUCUGUACGGAUCAUUCAAGAAAUACAUGGCGUCUUUGUUAAAUAAACAAUACAAGCGCGUAGGCUGGGAAAAGACAAGCGGAAACUUCGUGGAAUCACUGAUGCAAACCCUCAUCAUUGGUCAGGCGUGUCACUAUGACCUGGCAGACUGUGUGACACAUGCCAAGAAACUGUUCGCCGACUGGAUGAAGGACUCGAACACAAAUCCGGUACCGCCAGAAAUGAAAGGUGCCGUAUACUGCACUGCGAUAGCUAACGGAGGACAACAGGAGUGGGACUUCGCAUUCAACAUGUAUCAGAAAGCUAACGUGGCAACCGAGAAAGACACACUCCUCGCAUCCUUGGCCUGUUCUCGCGAGACCUGGAUCCUUAGCAGAUACCUUCAUAAGACUCUGGACACAUCUCUGAUCCCGCGACAGAAUGCGUUGUCCGCCAUUGCCUCCAUCUCUCUUAAUCCAGCAGGCAGAGGUCUCGCUUGGGACUUCACUAGGCAGAACUGGGACGUUCUCAUGGAGAGAUACGGCUCCGGUGUGUCACUCUUGCCUCGAUUGAUUGACAGCGUGACGUCAUCAUUCAACACAGAAUUUGAACUCCAGCAGAUCAAGGACCUGGUUGAGAAGAAUCCAGACCUUGGAACCGCCAAGGGAGCUUUUGAGCAGGCGAUAGAAAAGGUGGAAGCUAACAUCAAGUGGAUGGAGAAGAUGGAGGAUGUGGUGCAAGAAUGGCUAGAAAAUAAAGACAAGCCAGAUGAUAAGGUGACAGACGUCCGCCUGCCGACCUCCCUUUCACCCUUGGAGUACCACGUCGAGCUUAAGCCUGACUUCUACGGAGAUGACCCUGAAGCCUUCUCACUCCAAGGGUCUGUGACAAUCCGCAUGGAGUGUAAAGAGGCUACCAACAACAUCACUUUGCACAUUAAUAAGCUAACGGUCGACCCUGCCAGUCUUACUGUGCAGAACGCGGCGGGAGUUGACUUACCUCACGACACGCCCCGUGAGGACAAGGAUCGUCAGUUUUACAUCAUCCCCUUACCCCAGAACCUUACACCAGGGCAGGAGUACAUAGUCACCAUGCACUUCACCGGACCCCUCAAGGACGACCUCAGGGGUCUGUACCUCAGUCAGUAUAAGAGGGACGACCAAACUGUAUACAUGGCCACCACUCAAUUCCAGCCUACAGAUGCUCGCAAAGCCUUCCCUUGUUUUGACGAGCCGGCCUUGAAGGCGGAGUUUAACAUUAUCCUUCUGAGGAAGCCUGACAGAAUCUCACUGUCUAACAUGCCCAUUGUCAGGACUGUAAACAGGCCGGACGGUUUUGUGGCUGACGUUUACCAGAAAACCGUUAAGAUGUCAACCUAUUUACUGGCAUUCAUCAUCUGUGACUUUACAUACAGGGAAAAAAUAACUGACGGAAAUACGACGUAUCGGGUCUACGCUAGACCGGAAGCCAUCGAUCAGGCCGAGUACGCGCUGGAGACCGGUGUGAAAAUCCUUCAAUACUUCGAGACGUACUUCAACAUCUCUUUCCCACUGCCCAAAUUAGAUAUGAUCGCUAUUCCUGACUUUUCUGCUGGAGCUAUGGAGAACUGGGGCCUGAUCACGUACAGAGAGACGGCUAUGUUGUAUGAUCCCCUGACGUCGUCAGAGGGAAACAAGGAAAGAGUGGCUAUCGUUGUAUCCCAUGAGCUAGCCCACAUGUGGUUUGGCAACUUAGUGACGCCGAGCUGGUGGGACGAUCUCUGGCUGAACGAAGGAUUCGCCACGUUUGUGGAGUACAUUGGUGUGGAUCAUGCUCAUCCUGACUGGAAGAUGCAUGACACUUACGUGCAGAGUGAAGUACACAGAGCCUUCCAGCUGGAUGGACUCGUGACGUCGCAUCCCCUUUACGCCCCUGUCAAUCACCCGGAUGAGAUAUACUCGAUAUUUGAUAGCAUUUCAUACUCCAAGGGUGCAGCUGUCAUCAACAUGAUCAAAGCUUUCCUGGGAGAGAAGACUUUCCUCAAGGGCUUACAGAAUUAUUUGGUGGAGUUGUCUUUUGAUGCCGCCUUCCAUGACGAUCUCUGGGACGCCCUCACAAAGCAAGCGACCGCGGACGGCAACCCUGUGGACGUGAAGGAUGUGAUGGACACGUGGAUACUGCAGAUGAAUUACCCUGUGGUCACGUUCAGCCGCUCCCCCGGGGCUGUGGUGGUCAGCCAGCAGCGGUAUCUCCAGGAUCCGUCAGCUCAGGACACAGGCAAAUACCCAUCUCCUUACGGGUACACGUGGGAAGUCCCUGUGACCUUCACCUCCGACAUAGAGAUGGACUUUACCAAUAGCCGCGUUCAUUGGUUGAGGCGAGACCAAACAAACAUCACGAUCAGUAAUCCGAAUAUCCUUCCGCCAGAGAACGAUGGACUGUCAUGGGUAAUCGGCAAUGUCCGGCAGAAUUGUUAUUAUCGAGUCAACUACGACAUGACCAACUGGGAGGCUCUCAUUAAACAGUUGAAGAGAGACCAUACGAAAAUUGAUCCAGUUAAUAGAGCCCAAAUCAUCAGCGACUCGUGGAGUUUAGCGAAAUCGGGACAGCUUGACCAGAGGAUCGCUCUGAAGACCAUAGAAUAUCUGGAGAACGAAGACGAGGACGUUCCGUUCAGCACAGCCCUAACAGAGCUCAACUAUGUCCGCAGAAUGCUCAAAAAGACGGGCACUUUUGGCGCUCUCAGGGCUUUUAUGGCGAAGAUGAUUUCUCCCCUGUACAUGAAGAUGGGCUGGGAUAACACCAAUGCGACUCACCUAGAAACGUAUAUGCGAUGGAAUGUGCUUAGCGUGGCUUGUACCAAUGAGCACAAAGAUUGCGUGAUGCAGGCGAAAAAGCUUUUCGCUGACUGGAUGGCAGAUGAAGAUAACAACCCGAUUGACCGGAACUUUAAGUCCAUAGUGUACUGCACGGCCAUAGCUCACGGUGUAGAAGAAUGGGAUUUUGCCUACAGGAUGUACAAGAAGGCAAAUGUGGCCUCAGAAGCUGUCCGGCUUCAGACGGCAAUGAGUUGUUCUCAAGAGCCCUGGAUACUCACAAGAUACUUGGAGAGAACUCUUAUACCCGAGGAGAUAAGGAAGCAAGACGCUGUCUCUUGCAUCACGAGCAUAUCGGCUAACGCGAUUGGUCAGUCCCUGGCAUGGGAUUUUGUCAGGGCAAACUGGGACUACAUGAUGACAACAUAUGGGGCUGGGUCAUUCUCUGCGUCUCGCCUGGUACGCGGGAUCACUAACGGCUUCAACACGGAGUUCCAGUUACAACAGUUAGAGGAGUUUAUGAAGAAGUACCCUGAUCAGGGCUCUGCAGCCUCGGCCUUUGCUCAAGCCGUGGAGAAUAUCCGCAGCAAUAUCAACUGGCUCAAAAACAACGAGAAGAUCAUCGCUGAUUGGCUGAAGGAACAAGACAAGCCAGAUGAUAAGGUGACAGACGUCCGCCUGCCGACCUCCCUUUCACCCUUGGAGUACCACGUCGAGCUUAAGCCUGACUUCUACGGAGAUGACCCUGAAGCCUUCUCACUCCAAGGGUCUGUGACAAUCCGCAUGGAGUGUAAAGAGGCUACCAACAACAUCACUUUGCACAUUAAUAAGCUAACGGUCGACCCUGCCAGUCUUACUGUGCAGAACGCGGCGGGAGUUGACUUACCUCACGACACGCCCCGUGAGGACAAGGAUCGUCAGUUUUACAUCAUCCCCUUACCCCAGAACCUUACCCCAGGGCAGGAGUACAUAGUCACCAUGAACUUCACCGGACCCCUCAAGGACGACCUCAGGGGUCUGUACCUCAGUCAGUAUAAGAGGGACGACCAAACUGUAUACAUGGCCACCACUCAAUUCCAGCCUACAGAUGCUCGCAAAGCCUUCCCUUGUUUUGACGAGCCGGCCUUGAAGGCGGAGUUUAACAUUAUCCUUCUGAGGAAGCCUGACAGAAUCUCACUGUCUAACAUGCCCAUUGUCAGGACUGUAAACAGGCCGGACGGUUUUGUGGCUGACGUUUACCAGAAAACCGUUAAGAUGUCAACCUAUUUACUGGCAUUCAUCAUCUGUGACUUUACAUACAGGGAAAAAAUAACUGACGGAAAUACGACGUAUCGGGUCUACGCUAGACCGGAAGCCAUCGAUCAGGCCGAGUACGCGCUGGAGACCGGUGUGAAAAUCCUCCAAUACUUCGAGACGUACUUCAACAUCUCUUUCCCACUGCCCAAAUUAGAUAUGAUCGCUAUUCCUGACUUUUCUGCUGGAGCUAUGGAGAACUGGGGCCUGAUCACGUACAGAGAGACGGCUAUGUUGUAUGAUCCCCUGACGUCGUCAGAGGGAAACAAGGAAAGAGUGGCUAUCGUUGUAUCCCAUGAGCUAGCCCACAUGUGGUUUGGCAACUUAGUGACGCCGAGCUGGUGGGACGAUCUCUGGCUGAACGAAGGAUUCGCCACGUUUGUGGAGUACAUUGGUGUGGAUCAUGCUCAUCCUGACUGGAAGAUGCAUGACACUUACGUGCAGAGUGAAGUACACAGAGCCUUCCAGCUGGAUGGACUCGUGACGUCGCAUCCCCUUUACGCCCCUGUCAAUCACCCGGAUGAGAUAUACUCGAUAUUUGAUAGCAUUUCAUACUCCAAGGGUGCAGCUGUCAUCAACAUGAUCAAAGCUUUCCUGGGAGAGAAGACAUUCCUCAAGGGCUUACAGAAUUAUUUGGUGGAGUUGUCUUUUGAUGCCGCCUUCCAUGACGAUCUCUGGGACGCCCUCACAAAGCAAGCGACCGCGGACGGCAACCCUGUGGACGUGAAGGAUGUGAUGGACACGUGGAUACUGCAGAUGAAUUACCCUGUGGUCACGUUCAGCCGCUCCCCCGGGGCUGUGGUGGUCAGCCAGCAGCGGUAUCUCCAGGAUCCGUCAGCUCAGGACACAGGCAAAUACCCAUCUCCUUACGGGUACACGUGGGAAGUCCCUGUGACCUUCACCUCCGACACAGAGAUGGACUUUACCAAUAGCCGCGUUCAUUGGUUGAGGCGAAACCAAACAAACAUCACGAUCAGUAAUCCGAAUAUCCUUCCGCCAGAGAACGAUGGACUGUCAUGGGUAAUCGGCAAUGUCCGGCAGAAUUGUUAUUAUCGAGUCAACUACGACAUGACCAACUGGGAGGCUCUCAUUAAACAGUUGAAGAGAGACCAUACGAAAAUUGAUCCAGUUAAUAGAGCCCAAAUCAUCAGCGACUCGUGGAGUUUAGCGAAAUCGGGACAGCUUGACCAGAGGAUCGCUCUGAAGACCAUAGAAUAUCUGGAGAACGAAGACGAGGACGUUCCGUUCAGCACAGCCCUAACAGAGCUCAACUAUGUCCGCAGAAUGCUCAAAAAGACGGGCACUUUUGGCGCUCUCAGGGCUUUUAUGGCGAAGAUGAUUUCUCCCCUGUACAUGAAGAUGGGCUGGGAUAACACCAAUGCGACUCACCUAGAAACGUAUAUGCGAUGGAAUGUGCUUAGCGUGGCUUGUACCAAUGAGCACAAAGAUUGCGUGAUGCAGGCGAAAAAGCUUUUCGCUGACUGGAUGGCAGAUGAAGAUAACAACCCGAUUGACCGGAACUUUAAGUCCAUAGUGUACUGCACGGCCAUAGCUCACGGUGGGGUAGAAGAAUGGGAUUUUGCCUACAGGAUGUACAAGAAGGCAAAUGUGGCCUCAGAAGCUGUCCGGCUUCAGACGGCAAUGAGUUGUUCUCAAGAGCCCUGGAUACUCACAAGAUACUUGGAGAGAACUCUUAUACCCGAGGAGAUAAGGAAGCAAGACGCUGUCUCUUGCAUCACGAGCAUAUCGGCUAACGCGAUUGGUCAGUCCCUGGCAUGGGAUUUUGUCAGGGCAAACUGGGACUACAUGAUGACAACAUAUGGGGCUGGGUCAUUCUCUGCGUCUCGCCUGGUACGCGGGAUCACUAACGGCUUCAACACGGAGUUCCAGUUACAACAGUUAGAGGAGUUUAUGAAGAAGUACCCUGAUCAGGGCUCUGCAGCCUCGGCCUUUGCUCAAGCCGUGGAGAAUAUCCGCAGCAAUAUCAACUGGCUCAAAAACAACGAGAAGAUCAUCGCUGAUUGGCUGAAGGAACAAGACAAGCCAGAUGAUAAGGUGACAGACGUCCGCCUGCCGACCUCCCUUUCACCCUUGGAGUACCACGUCGAGCUUAAGCCUGACUUCUACGGAGAUGACCCUGAAGCCUUCUCACUCCAAGGGUCUGUGACAAUCCGCAUGGAGUGUAAAGAGGCUACCAACAACAUCACUUUGCACAUUAAUAAGCUAACGGUCGACCCUGCCAGUCUUACUGUGCAGAACGCGGCGGGAGUUGACUUACCUCACGACACGCCCCGUGAGGACAAGGAUCGUCAGUUUUACAUCAUCCCCUUACCCCAGAACCUUACACCAGGGCAGGAGUACAUAGUCACCAUGCACUUCACCGGACCCCUCAAGGACGACCUCAGGGGUCUGUACCUCAGUCAGUAUAAGAGGGACGACCAAACUGUAUACAUGGCCACCACUCAGUUCCAGCCUACAGAUGCUCGCAAAGCCUUUCCUUGUUUUGACGAGCCGGCCUUGAAGGCGGAGUUUAACAUUAUCCUUCUGAGGAAGCCUGACAGAAUCUCACUGUCUAACAUGCCCAUUGUCAGGACUGUAAACAGGCCGGACGGUUUUGUGGCUGACGUUUACCAGAAAACCGUUAAGAUGUCAACCUACUUACUGGCAUUCAUCAUCUGUGACUUUACAUACAGGGAAAAAAUAACUGACGGAAAUACGACGUAUCGGGUCUACGCUAGACCGGAAGCCAUCGAUCAGGCCGAGUACGCGCUGGAGACCGGUGUGAAAAUCCUUCAAUACUUCGAGACGUACUUCAACAUCUCUUUCCCACUGCCCAAAUUAGAUAUGAUCGCUAUUCCUGACUUUUCUGCUGGAGCUAUGGAGAACUGGGGCCUGAUCACGUACAGAGAGACGGCUAUGUUGUAUGAUCCCCUGACGUCGUCAGAGGGAAACAAGGAAAGAGUGGCUAUCGUUGUAUCCCAUGAGCUAGCCCACAUGUGGUUUGGCAACUUAGUGACGCCGAGCUGGUGGGACGAUCUCUGGUUGAACGAAGGAUUCGCCACGUUUGUGGAGUACAUUGGUGUGGAUCAUGCUCAUCCUGACUGGAAGAUGCAUGACACUUACGUGCAGAGUGAAGUACACAGAGCCUUCCAGCUGGAUGGACUCGUGACGUCGCAUCCCCUUUACGCCCCUGUCAAUCACCCGGAUGAGAUAUACUCGAUAUUUGAUAGCAUUUCAUACUCCAAGGGUGCAGCUGUCAUCAACAUGAUCAAAGCUUUCCUGGGAGAGAAGACUUUCCUCAAGGGCUUACAGAAUUAUUUGGUGGAGUUGUCUUUUGAUGCCGCCUUCCAUGACGAUCUCUGGGACGCCCUCACAAAGCAAGCGACCGCGGACGGCAACCCUGUGGACGUGAAGGAUGUGAUGGACACGUGGAUACUGCAGAUGAAUUACCCUGUGGUCACGUUCAGCCGCUCCCCCGGGGCUGUGGUGGUCAGCCAGCAGCGGUAUCUCCAGGAUCCGUCAGCUCAGGACACAGGCAAAUACCCAUCUCCUUACGGGUACACGUGGGAAGUCCCUGUGACCUUCACCUCCGACAUAGAGAUGGACUUUACCAAUAGCCGCGUUCAUUGGUUGAGGCGAGACCAAACAAACAUCACGAUCAGUAAUCCGAAUAUCCUUCCGCCAGAGAACGAUGGACUGUCAUGGGUAAUCGGCAAUGUCCGGCAGAAUUGUUAUUAUCGAGUCAACUACGACAUGACCAACUGGGAGGCUCUCAUUAAACAGUUGAAGAGAGACCAUACGAAAAUUGAUCCAGUUAAUAGAGCCCAAAUCAUCAGCGACUCGUGGAGUUUAGCGAAAUCGGGACAGCUUGACCAGAGGAUCGCUCUGAAGACCAUAGAAUAUCUGGAGAACGAAGACGAGGACGUUCCGUUCAGCACAGCCCUAACAGAGCUCAACUAUGUCCGCAGAAUGCUCAAAAAGACGGGCACUUUUGGCGCUCUCAGAGCUUUUAUGACGAAGAUGAUUUCUCCCCUGUACAUGAAGAUGGGAUGGGAUAACACCAAUGCGACUCACCUAGAAACGUAUAUGCGAUGGAAUGUGCUUAGCGUGGCUUGUACCAAUGAGCACAAAGAUUGCGUGAUGCAGGCGAAAAAGCUUUUCGCUGACUGGAUGGCAGAUGAAGAUAACAACCCGAUUGACCGGAACUUUAAGUCCAUAGUGUACUGCACGGCCAUAGCUCACGGUGGGGUAGAAGAAUGGGAUUUUGCCUACAGGAUGUACAAGAAGGCAAAUGUGGCCUCAGAAGCUGUCCGGCUUCAGACGGCAAUGAGUUGUUCUCAAGAGCCCUGGAUACUCACAAGAUACUUGGAGAGAACUCUUAUACCCGAGGAGAUAAGGAAGCAAGACGCUGUCUCUUGCAUCACGAGCAUAUCGGCUAACGCGAUUGGUCAGUCCCUGGCAUGGGAUUUUGUCAGGGCAAACUGGGACUACAUGAUGACAACAUAUGGGGCUGGGUCAUUCUCUGCGUCUCGUCUGGUACGCGGGAUCACUAACGGCUUCAACACGGAGUUCCAGUUACAACAGUUAGAGGAGUUUAUGAAGAAGUACCCUGAUCAGGGCUCUGCAGCCUCGGCCUUUGCUCAAGCCAUGGAGAAUAUCCGCAGCAAUAUCAACUGGCUCAAAAACAACGAGAAGAUCAUCGCUGAUUGGCUGAAGGAACAAGACAUGGAUACCGGAAAAGUAACCGACGUCCGUCUUCCACUGAACGUUUACCCGAUCCACUACGACCUUGAACUCAAACCCGACAUGUACGGCCUUGACCCUGCGGCCUUCACGUUCGAGGGAAGUGUGAAGAUCCUGGUCAACUGUACUCAGCCGACCAUGAACGUGACCUUGCACGUCAAUAAGCUAGAGUUAUCUCCCGUGACGUUCGUGGGUAUGGAGGGCUGUGCCACGCCUCAGAUAGUGGAUCAGAGGGAAGAUAAAGAGAGACAGUUCCUAGUCGUGACCUUCACCUCUGAGCUACAGCCCGGAUGUAGAUAUACCCUGGCGACGAACUUCACGGGGCCUCUGAAGGAUGACUUGGCCGGGUUGUAUCUAAGCUCAUACGUCAAGGGUAACGAGACUGUCUACAUCGCCACCUCACAGCUGCAGCCGACAGAUGCCCGGAAGACGUUCCCCUGUUUUGACGAGCCGGCCAUCAAAGCCACCUUCUCGGUAACCUUGUGGAGGAAACCUCACAUGAAGUCUUUGUCCAAUAUGCCGAUUGUAGCCACUGAAAACAGGACCGAUGGUUACCUGGCCGACAUAUAUCAGAAAACGCCAAAAAUGUCCACCUAUCUCCUCGCCUUCAUCGUGUGUGACUUCGCCAUGAAAAACGGCACGACAAAAGGUGGAACGACGUACCGCGUGUGGGCGCGUGAGGAAGCUAUUGAUCAGGCGGAUCACGCCUUGGAUGUAGGAAUCAAGAUUCUGGACUACUUUGAGGAAUUUUUCAACCUCACCUAUCCUCUACCCAAACAAGAUAUGAUCGCCAUUCCCGACUUCGGCGCAGGCGCAAUGGAAAACUGGGGCUUAAUCACUUACAGAGAGACGGCAAUGUUGUACGACCCCAAUGUGUCAGCCGAGAGUAACAAACAGAGAGUGGCAGUGGUUGUCUCCCAUGAACUCGCUCACCAGUGGUUUGGUAACCUGGUUACUCCCAGCUGGUGGGAUGAUCUGUGGCUUAACGAAGGAUUCGCCAGCUAUGUCGAGUACAUUGGGGUAGAAUUCGUGAAGCCCACGUGGAAAAUGUUUGAGCAGUUCGUGACAGCGGAUCUUCAGUACGUCUUUGACUUCGACAGUCUGACCAGCUCACAUCCGGUCUACGUUCCAGUGGCCCACCCUGAUGAGAUUAACGAGAUUUUUGACCGAAUCUCUUAUUCUAAGGGGGCUUCAGUUAUCCGUAUGAUGCGCUUUUUCCUGGGAGACGAGACAUUCCGUAAAGGACUCACGAAAUACCUGACACGCCGGAAGUAUGAUGCAGCUUUCCACGAUGACCUGUGGCAGGCUUUGACCGAGCAAUCGCAAGAGGAUGCCGCGGGGGGUGCUCAGGUAGCGUGGGACGUGAAGGAGAUUAUGGACACGUGGACCCUGCAGAUGAACUACCCCAUUGUGACUCUCAAUCGUACUGGCCAACAAGGAGGCUCCGUGAGGGUUUCUCAGUCCAGAUUCCUGUGGGACUACACCGCCCCUGAAGACCCUCGCUACCCUUCACCAUUCAACUACAGCUGGAACAUCCCUCUGACCAUCGUCAGCAGCGAGUCUCCGGAUUUUACAACCAGGAACAUUUACCGGAUGAACCGGACGGAGGGUGAUAAAAUCAUCUCGUACACAUCAGCUAUCCCAGCCGACCAAUCAAACAGCUGGAUUAUUGGAAACGCAAAGCAGUUUGGAUACUACAGAGUGAACUAUGACACGGAAAACUGGAUUAGUUUAAUAAGGCAGUUAAACACGAAUCACACGGUCAUUGAUCCAAUUAACCGUGCACAGAUCAUCAAUGACGCCUGGAAUUUGGCAAAGGCUGGAUGGUUAGAUCUAACUGUUGCCUUGGACACGAUAGGUUACCUGAGUCAGGAAGAGAGUUACGUCCCCUGGGUGGCCGCAGACCGAGAACUCUCUAAUGUUGACCUGAUGCUCUCCAAGUCUGCGUCUUAUGGCGCGUUUUCGAGCUUUAUGAAGAACAUGUCCCAAGCGGCGUAUUCUAAACUCGACUGGCAGGUCGAUGGCGAUCAUCUCAAUGCCUAUAUACGUGAGAUAGUGUUUGGUUUGGCGUGUGACUACGGCGUGGAGGAUUGUGUGCGGAACGCCACGGAAUUGUUCACGGGGUGGAUGAAUGAUCCGUCUGGCCAGCCGGUUAAGGCGGACCUCAAAUCCUUCGUAUACUGCACGGCCAUCCGCGAGGGUGGGAUCAUGGAGUGGAACUUUGCUUACAGCCAGUACAAGCAGUCCGGGGUAGCGUCCGAGAAGGCGCGACUCCUGUCUGCCAUGGGAUGUUCCUCCGACAUUUGGAUCCUUAACAGAUAUUUGGAGCGCGCCUUAGACCAGUCAGAGAUCCGGAGACAAGACGCAGUCAGCACCAUCAUCUAUGUUUCAAGAAAUCCCAUUGGUCGACUGAUGGUAUGGGACUUCUUCGUUGGGAAAUGGGAUGUACUUUUAGAAAGCUACGGAGGAGGCUCUUUCAGUUUCUCUCGCCUGAUUGGGGCCGUCACGCAAUCUUUCAACACAGCGGAGGAGUUAGAAAAGUUGGAGAAAUUCAUGGCCGACCAUCCAAAUCAAGGUUCCGGGGCACGUGCGUUUCAACAGGCCGUGGAAAAGACCAAGUCAAACAUUGACUGGAUGAACAAGAACUUUGACCUCAUCACCGAUUGGCUAGAUUCUCGUGGGUUUCGGUCAUAAAAGCUUUACAAACACACAUACAAUCAAAGGAAGGAAAGUAACGCCAUAUGGAAAUUAGUGAUAUGUUCCGGAAAUCUCCUGAAAUAAAGCCAAGGUCCUCGUUACCGUGUUUUGAAAUUUUUAUCUGGGUCAUUGAGGCUUUUUUUCAGAUUUAGCUUUUCUAUGAUUUUAAAGAAAUUCAUAAUUAUUUCAUAGAGGCAAACAGUUUCACAUCAUUUAUUGCUUCUAGAUUUGACAUUUGUUAAUACAUGUACGUUGUAAAUGCUUUCAGCUUUCACAAACCCUUGUGCUAUUAUACUGUUCUAAGUUGUUAGUUUCUUUUGGAUACAGUCCGACAUGAUUAUCGUGUGAUUAUGUUAUUAUGUCAUUUAAAGAACAUUUCAGAACAUUCCAUUAGAUUCAUUCCAUCUACAAGUGACAUAAUCCUGUUUUUUUGUGAAGUGAAGAGUGGUAUAUCCAUCAAUAUUCAGUGACUGCUAUCGCAUGUCGAAACAUGUAUAUUUCAUCACACAGACAAACUACUGUAAAUAGGCCUAUAUCACUCUAUUACGCCUUCAAAAUUAAUACCAUAUAAAUAUAUAUAUAUAUAUAUAUAUAUAUA